AUGGAUGAGAAAGAGAUUACCAUGAACCAGCAAAGAGACGACCAAGAAACCAUAAGUUUGAUCUCUUCACUUCCUUCAGAUAGAGAUUUUCAUAGCAACAAGUUGUUCAACUACCAAAGAUGUUGGUACGACAAGAAAACUCUACAAGGAAUCCUCAAUUUCCAACGAGGUUUCGAGCCACAAGACACCGAUAUAAUCGUAGCUUCGUUCCCCAAAUCUGGCACUACUUGGCUCAAAGCUCUCACAGUCGCUCUCCUAGAAAGAUCAAAACACUCUUCUGAUGAUCAUCCUCUCUUAUCUGAUAAUCCUCAUGGUCUAGUACCAGUCCUCGAGCUUAGGCUGUACACAGAAAGCUCGAAACCAGAUCUGACCAGCUUUUCAUCAUCCCCGAGGCUAUUCGCAACUCACGUGCCGUUCCACACGCUACAAGAGGCUCUGAAGGGCUCUCCUUGCAAGGUCGUGUACAUAUGGAGGAACGUGAAAGACGCGUUGGUGUCGGUUUGGUAUUUCGAAUGCGCGAAUCUAAAGAUAGAAGACAAAGACGAGAGAAGAAGCAUGUUGGAGUCAAUGUUCGAGUCAUUUUGCACAGGUGUUAGCUUUUAUGGACCAUUUUGGGAACAUGUUUUGAGUUACUGGAAAGGAAACUUGGAAGAUCCAAAGCAUGUGUGUUUUAUGAGGUACGAGGAGUUGAAAAAAGAGCCUCAUGUUCAUGUCAAGAAACUAGCUCAGUUCUUGGGUUGUCCUUUUACACUAGAAGAAGAAGAGAGUGGUUAUGUGGAAGAGAUCUUAGAUCUUUGCUCUUUAGGUCACCUGAAGAAUUUGGAGAUCAACAAGACCGGAAAAACAGGUAGAGGCGUUGAUCACAAGAAUUUUUUCCGUAAAGGAGAAGUCGGUGACUCGAAGAAUUAUCUGACUCCUGAAAUGGAGAAAAGAAUUGACAUGAUCAUUGAGGAGAAAUUUCGAGAUUCAUGUUUGAAAUUCUGA